AUGCAUAUGUCUUUUGGGUCAAGAAGAUUCGGUGGCACACUUUUUGCUGCCUCAAGAAACGAUAUGGCAAAGCUUGCCGCCGACUACCAGGAAUUAUUGAAAGAACUGUCAACAUCUAAUUUAAAAUCUGUUGGUAAUUAUUCCUUGGAGACAACACUUGGCGAAGGUUCAUUUGGAAAAGUUAAACUUGCAACGCAUAAAUUGACUGGUCAAAAGGUUGCAAUAAAAAUAAUACCAAAGAUUCAUGCAGAAAAUUUGACAAGAGAGAUUUAUCAUCAUCGAUAUUUACAUCAUCCACAUAUCGUAUCAUUAUUGGAAGUAAUAUCAACAGAAACUAACAUAUAUAUUGUAAUGGAAUAUUGUGAAAAGGGCGAAUUGUUCGAUUUUUUACUUUUACAAGGAGGACGGCUAAAAGAAAAUUUGGCUAGAAAAAUAUUCUAUCAAAUAUGUGAUUUUGGUUUUACGAGAGAAUGUGAAAGCAAAAGAUUGUUAGAAACAAUAUGUGGAUCCACGGGAUAUUCUGCUCCAGAAAUGCUUUCUGGUAAAAAAUAUUCUGGUUUAGAGGUUGACAUAUGGUCACUAGGUGUAAUAUUAUAUACAUUGCUUUGUGGUUCGUUACCAUUUGAUGAUGAUAAUGAAUUAGUGAUGAAAGAAAAAAUAAUAAAAGGAGAAUUUGUAUUUGAAGAAUUUUUAUCUGAUGAAUCACAAGAUGGUGAUUAUGAUGAAGUGGAUGAGGAGUAUGAAGAGUGUAUUGAUGAAAGUGAGGAAGUAGUAAUUGUAAAAGAAGAAAAAACAGUAUUAGUAAAAGAAAUAGCAGUAAAUUAUCCGAUAACAAAGGAUAAAAAAGAAAGAACAAUGACUUCGAUAAAUGAAUGGGUUAACUCAUCAUCAUCACCUCUGCCUUCAAUAACAUCAUUACCACCUAUAUUAUCAUCACCUCCAUCAUCUCCAUCAUCUCCACCAUCUUCAAAAUCAUUGUCAAAAUCACCGCCACCGCCUUUAUCAUCAAUAACAGAAUCUACUAAUACAGAUACGACACCAACAAAAAUAACACCAUCUGCAUCAACGAAAAUAACACCACUAUCAUUGUCAGCAUCAACAUCAAUAAACACAUCAUCAAUAAACACAUCAUCAACAAACACAUCAACACCAAGAACUUCCAAUGUACAAUCAUUAUCAUUGACAUUGUCAACGACAAAAUCAUGGGGCCCAUCACAAUCUACUACAUCAAGAGCAUCUAAAAGGUCAUCUGUUGAUAGUAAAACACUUAAUGAAAAAAUCUUUUUCACGACACCUGAAGAAAUCGAAUUAUUGGAGAAACUGGAUGAUUUGGGAUUUGAUGUGGAUUCGAUGAAAACCAGCGUUUUAGAGGGUAGUUGUGAUUCAGCCAGCGGACUUUGGUGGUUGUUACUAGCCAAGCAGAGAGAGAAAAAAAGUACAUCAUCAUCUCCUCGACAAAAUAUUAUGGUUGAUGUAGCAGUUGAAGAGCUUACAGAAUCAUCAACUGAAGGUAAUGACUAUGAAUAUGAUUAUGAUAACCAACCAUUACCAUCACCUGGUGACAUAUUACCACCUACACCACCACCUAGAACAUAUCAUACCGCUCCUGCAUCACGAGAACGAAGAAAGUCAUUAAUUUUACCGUCACCCGAAGCCGUUGAGCCUGUUUUAACACCAAUCACAGCUAUUGCUUCACCGCCAUUAUCACCUAAAAAUUAUUCAACAUUACCAAGUGCUAAAAGUUCAAGGUCUGUAAGUCCUAUACCUACCGCUAAUAUUUCUAUGAUAACAAACUCUUUUACCAAUA